UGUCACAGGCCGGGUGAAUAAAUGCAACUUUGGGAAUCCCCUACCUCCUCACAUUUAUAGUGGGUGGAAGGGUGUGUGCGGCAGGGGUGUGCGCUUUGCUUAGGGUUCAGCUCAACUGCUUUGAAAGAAGUUUACCAUCUGUUGAUAUGAAAUACUUUGUGACGACGCCUAUAUUUUACGUGAAUGCAGCACCGCACCUAGGCCAUGUGUACUCGGCGGUGCUGGCGGACGCGGCCGCCCGGUACGCGGCGCUGCGGCGCGGCCGGGACGCGCUGCUCAGCACCGGCACGGACGAGCAUGGCCAGAAGGUGCGCCAGGCGGCGGCCGCCGCCGGCCUGCCACCAGCCACCCUCUGCCAGCGCGUGUCGCUGCAGUUCCGGCGCGCCUUCGAGGCGGCCGACGUGCAGUACGCGCGCUACGUGCGCACCACGGACCCGGACCACGCGCACGCCGUCCAGCACUUCUGGAGGCUUCUGGAUUCAAGAGGGUAUAUCCAGAAGGGCAGCUACACUGGCUGGUACAGUGUUCCUGAUGAGUCGUUUCUUACGCCUUCUCAGGUGACAGAAGAGGUGCGGGAUGGCAAGAAGGUGGCCAUAUCAUCAGAAUCAGGUCACGUGGUCACGUGGGCAGAGGAGGAGAACUACGUCUUCCCCAUGUCCCGUAUGCGAGACGACCUUCGACACUGGGUGAGAAACCAUCUGGACGUGCGUCCUGCCAAGUUCGGCCGCCUGUUGGAGAGCUGGCUGGAGGCCGACCUGCCCGACCUGUCCGUCUCCAGGCCGGUCAGCCGACUGGACUGGGGCGUGCCAGUGCCAGGAGAUGACCAGCAGGUGGUGUAUGUGUGGUUGGACGCCCUGGUCAAUUACCUGACCGCCAGCGGGUACCCCGGACAGCUGGAGCGCUGGCCCCCGGACUGUCAAGUGAUCGGCAAGGACAUUCUCAAGUUCCACGGCGUGUACUGGCCGGCGCUGCUGCUGGCGGCGGGCCUGGCGCCGCCGCGCCUCCUGCUCUGUCACAGCCACUGGACCGUCGACGGCGUCAAGAUGUCCAAGUCCCUCGGCAACGUCGUGUCGGCGGACGAGGCGCUGCGCACCUACACGGCCGAUGGGCUGCGCUACUUCCUGCUGCGCGAGGGCGUGCCACACUCCGACGGCAACUUCAGCCGUAAGAAGGCCGCCAACCUGCUGAACGCCGAGCUGGCCGACACGCUGGGCAACCUGCUGGGCCGCUGCGCGGCGGCGGCCGUCGCUGACCUGCUGCUGCAGACGGUAGCCAGCCUACCGGCAGCGGUCGGCGAGGCGUACGACGAGUUCUGCUUCUACCGCGGCCUGGAGGCGGUGCAGGCCGCGCUGCGGAGCGCCAAUCAGUUUGUACAACUGAAAGAGCCGUGGGUGCUGCGGAAACAACCGGAGAGAGAAGCAGAGCUUCACAGCUGUCUGGCCGUUGCCAUGGAGACGCUGCGGGUGGCGGGAAUUCUGCUUCAGCCCGUGGUCCCUUCGUUGGCUGGUCGUCUCCUCGACAAGCUGGGCGUGCGACCGGAGGCGCGCGGCUGGCGGCACGCCGAGCGGCCGUGUCCGGAGGGCGGCCAGCUCGGUCACGGCUCGGCGGUCCUCUUCCAGAAGCUGCGCUGACGCCGCCGGCGCCGCCACGGACAGCGCCCAGCUCGGGCGUGGCCUAGUGACCACGUGCCGCGCGGCCCAAUGACCGGGCGGAGCUGGGCUGAUGACCAGUCGUGUGCGGCCAUGUGAACGAACCGAGUCUGAGCUAGCUGUCACUCGUCUGGGCCUGGAGGUCCGGUCAAGUGGCACGUCACGCUUGCGCUGGUCACCAGUUCUGCUGGUCCUGAAGUGGCUUCAGCGGCGGCGUCGCGACCUAGUAACCAUGGCGAGCCCUGCUUGGUAGUCGUGUCGGGCCGGAGCAAGUGACCCUGUGGAGCCAGCCUUAGUGGCCGCCCGCGGCCGAUCUAGUGGUUAUGUCAGCACUGUGUGAGCGAGCUUCGUGUGUGGAGCCUAAUUUAAUGACUGUCGUGUGUGGUCGAGGGACAUUGGCAUACCUGGCCACGUCCGCUGUUGCUGGCUGUGAGCCGAGAAAAACCUCGAUUCCUUUGGCUAAGAGAGUGAGAGGAAAUGUGUCUGUUUAAAUAUAUCUGCUUUAUUCAU